AUGGAACUCGGACCGGUUGUUUCCCACCCAGCCAGCGCCGCUUCAGGCCCAACGUCAACAACUGCGGAACCUGUCAACUCGACUCCAACAAAAAGCAGAUCGGCCGCCAUCAUCUUUUCCAUUACAUGCAUCACCGGAAUCAGCAACCUUUUGGCCGGCUUGCUGACAGUGUGCAUACCGGUAAUUGCGGCGGACAUAGGCAUACCAGCUGGCCUUCAACUAUGGCCAGCUUCUGCUUUUGCGCUGGCAUGUGGCUGUACUCUACUCCUUUGCGCCACGGCUGCUGACCUUCUCGGUUGCCGGCGCGUCUGUCUUUUAGGUGCCCUGCUCCAAGCCGGCAGCGCCCUAGGCGCAGGUCUCUCCCAAACUUCGACCCAGCUCAUCGCACUGCGCGCUUUUGCGGGUGUCGCGGCGUCAAUGUGCUUGCCCAGCGCCGCAGGCAUCGUAUCGUCAGCUUUCCCUCACAGCACCAGGCCGCGUACACGCACUGCUGCUUUUUCUGCUAUGGGCGGUGGCCAAGCCGUUGGGUUUGGACUAGGUCUUGCCCUUGGCGGUGUUUUUAGCGGCACUGUCGGGUGGCGAUGGGGUUUCCAUGCCACUGCGAUUCUUAACGUUGUCGUCCUGGCCAUUGCUCUGUGGGCACUUCCAGUAAGCGUUGAUGACGCUGCGCCUUUGGGCUGGGAAACUCUCACCCGCUUGCGAAAAGAGCUGGAUUGGAUCGGGGCAUUGAUCAUCAGCAUGAGCCUGGCUUUCAUGUCCUAUGUGCUGGGAAUCGUUACGGACUCUGAUGCGGGCAAGCAUAUGCGUCAACCACUCAAUAUCGUGCUUCUCGGCACGGGUGUGGCCCUCUUGCCUGUCUACGUCUUUUGGAUGCACCACCAAAAGCUACGAGGGCGGCCAGCUCUGAUACCAAACGAGUUGUGGAAAAACGAACCAUUCACUUCAGUGUGCUUCACAGUUUUCCUUGUUUGGGGUGCACUCAACGCCAGCGAGCAGCUCACGGCACUUUACCUCCAGGACGUUCGUGGUUUCUCGACGUUGACGUCGUCCUUGUACUUCCUACCGGCACCCGUCUGCGGCAUUCUCACGAAUAUCGCCGUUGCGGUCUUCCUGUCACGUCUCAGAGCAUCCUACGCCGUGCCCGUGGCUUGUUUCGUGAGUGGACUCGCUCCGCUCCUGCUGGCAGCAUUGUGUAGGGUCAAUGGCCCCAGCUACUGGGAGGCCGUCUUCCAAGCAAUGGCCAUCAAUCCUAUCGGAGCAGACAUGAUGUACACCAUCGCCAUGUUGGUCGUGACCGACGCAUUCCCGGCCAAGACGCAAGCCCUGGCGGGCGGUGUAUUCAACAUGGUCGCCCAGAUUGGUAAAAGCGAAGCACUGCUUCGAGGUUACCAUGCUGGUUGGUGGUUCAGUUGCGGGCUGAGUUUUAUUUCUGUAGCCGUGAGCCUAUGGGGGUUGAGAAGUGUUGGAAGACUAGGUGUGAAGCGAGACUAA